AUGACUCACAUAUUCCAUUUACUAGAUGACUUUCUUGUAAUUGAUCAACCGCAUGCCAUGGGGGAAAGGACCAUGGCCCUUCUCUGUAUGGUUUUCAGACGCUUGAAGAUUCCUUUAUCUGUCCAUAAAACUAUUGGGUCAUCCACAACCAUAGAAUACCUAGGAAUCACCUUGGAUUCUGAGGAAAUGCAGGCUCGCUUGCCACCGGAUAAAGUUACCCGUAUCUUACAUUUUCUCCGUGCUAUGCUUCUUAAGUCAUCGUGUACUAAACGUGAACUUCAACAACUCCUCGGACAUCUUAAUUUCGCGAUGCGAGUUAUCUUAGCUGGUCGUACAUUCGUAUCUUAUCUUCUCACACUUAUGACUGCUAUUAAAGAGCCACAUCAUCACGGAAGGCUUUCACGCGAAUGUAAGAAAGACAUUCGAAUGUGGAUAAUUCUACUCCAGGAUUGGAACGGAGUUUCCUUUUUCUAUGAUAGACAUUUCACUAGUAACCCAAACUUUGAACUAUUUACUGAUGCAGCUUCCACUAUAGGGUUUGGUGGAUACUUCCAAUCCCAAUGGUUCGCUUCCUUAUGGCCUAGGGAGUUGGUUACUGCUACUGGUGUCUCGGCUCCCUCGAUGUCCUUCCUCGAACUUUACCCCAUUGUGGUAGCAGCUUUAAUCUGGGGCAAGUCAUGGUCGACAAAACGUAUCCUCUUUCACUGCGACAAUAAGGGGACAGUGGACAUUAUCAACAAAGGGAGGUCAAAGUCUCCUAAUAUUAUGUCUCUGAUGAGACGUCUGACAUGGUGUGCUGCUACGUACAAUUUCACUGUGAAUGCUAGACAUGUGCCAGGUGUAAAAAACACCAUUGCUGACGCUUUAUCCCGUUUUAAGUUCCAGGAUUUCCGGAGAGCAGCGCCCACGGCGGCAAGCCAACCAUGUCCCUGUCCAGACCUUCACCAUGUGAUGUGGGAUUGA